AUGGUUCUCAAGUCUUACUAUCAAUGGGCUGCUGUCGCCCUGGCUGGGACUGCUACUGCACAGACUAGCACUACCUGCAAUCCUAUGAAGAAGAGCUGCCCAGCAAAUACCGGUCUCAAUAAGUACCAUUUCAACGCCGACUUGACCUCUGGCUCCCUUGACCACUGGAAAACCACGGCCGGAAAAGUAGACAGCGACGACCUCGGCGCCAAAUUCACCGUUGCGAAGCAAGGGGACGCCCCAACACUCGAAAGCGAGUUCUACAUCUUCUUCGGCCAUGUCGAUGUGAGGAUGAGGACCGCCAGCGGCACCGGCAUCAUCAGCACAUGGAUCCUCGAAUCCGAUGAUCUCGACGAGAUCGACUGGGAGCAAAUCAGCACCUACGACUCAAAAAUCCAAACCGACUACUUCGGCAAGGGAAACACAACCUCCUACGAUCGCGAAGGAACCGUAGCCGUCUCCAAACCAGAGGAUACCUUCCACACCUACUCGAUCGAUUGGACCUCCGAACGCAUCGAGUGGUCACUCGACGGCAAAGUCGAGCGCACACUCAAGUAUGCCGAUGCAGUGGGUGGUCAGAACUACCCACAGACACCCAUGCGCGUCCGCCUCGGUAUCUGGGCCGGAGGUGACCCAGAUAAUGAGGAGGGUACCAUCGAGUGGGCUGGCGGAACCACGGAUUACAGCAGCGGUCCGUUCUCCAUGUACAUUGAGUCGGUGGAUAUCGUCAACUAUAACCCGGCGGCUGCGUACGAGUACACCGAUAUGACGGGUUCUUAUAAGAGCAUCAAGGCUACCAAUGCUUCGAUGGCGACGAACUUGAGUUCUGAUGAUUCGAAGUCUGAUGAUUCCAAGUCUGGUGACUCGAAGUCCGAUGAUUCGAGCUCGAGUACCACCGCGAGGAGGUCUGCUUCGUCUCCGGAAGGCUCGGCUUCGGUUUCUCACUCGGCUUCGCCUUCUCCGUCGGCUGAAUCUGCGGCUUCUUCUAUUCGCGCUGUCUCUGCUGUUGUCAUUGCUUUGGUCUCGGUUAUUGCUGGUCUGGUCCAGUUCUAG